UACACCACUUUUUACGGUAAUCCAGGAGGAAGCGUAUUGACCAAUCGGUGUCUUGUGUCUAUCUUGACCAAACAGCUGACCUAAUGAACAGGGAUCAUUGAUCCUCUCGAUGAGGUUAGGAUUCAAGGAUCUCGGCUGUAUGCAUCGUGUUUCACGGGACAUACUUGUUCAGACAUAGAUAGUCUGUGGACUCAAAACUGUGUGACUGUUUCGUGUUUGGGAUAGGAGGGCGUUGACUAUGCAGCAGGCAAAUCUGAUUCCAGGAAAUCCACCGCAGUGGAGCACCUGCCCGACAAACUCAACCUCCAACUCCUUUCUGAAUCUUGAGAACAAGAUUUUGGCUCAGAGUUGUGCGAUGAAGUCUUGCUCUCAGCUCGUAAAUUGUCCUGCACCUCCGUCCUGCUGCCCAGCUCUCCAGCCUUCCAACCUGGCCUCCACUUCCUCCCUUCUCUCCACCUCUAGUUUAUAUUCCAUCUCUUCCUCACCGCUCCUCAGCACACAAAACAAGCUCUUGACCCAGCAACCCCUUAGUCCGUCUUGUCCCUUGACCUCGUCUGUCAUAAGGGACUCUUGUCCCUCCACCUCCUUCGGUGGUGCUCUGGUCAGUCUCUUUGCUCAGUCUCUCACAUUGGCACAAGCCAGUCUGGGUAAUGAAGUGACAGAAGAUGAAAUAGAAGAUGAGGAAAUAUCUGAAGAGAUGCAUUCCUCUUUUGAGGAAACCAGUGCGCAGCCUGAUGAAAUGCCGUCAGAAGAUGAAGGAGAGGCAGAUGAGGCUGAGGGCGCCAUGGAGUUGUUUAGUAUGGCAGAAGGUUUGGAGAACCAAGAACCCGAACCCGCUUUGAUCUUUAGAGAGGAGCAGUUUGGAGAGCUGGAUAGAGGAAAUAAGAAGGCAGAAGAGGAUCUGAAAGAUAAAAAGUAUCUCCUGCUAAACGCUGUGUGUUGCUCCUUGGUGAAUAAGAGUCAAGCUCCUGGGCAGAAGGAGUGGGACUCGGAAGACAGUGUCUGGACCACCAUCCAAAACCUGGGCAAGAACAUUUCUGAAAUCGACCCCCAGUUUCUUCUCAAGGUGGCUGUGUACACCAGGCAAGAAUUAAACAUCCGCAUCACGGCAAACUUCCUACUGGCCCUCGCUGCUAGCCUUCCGUCCACCAAGCGGCAUGUCCGCAGAUACUUCUGCGCUGCGGUGCAGCUGCCUUCUGAUUGGCUAGAAGUAGUCCGGAUCUACAGUGCAUGCUUUAGCUGUUCUCUGCCAGCGUGUCUGAAGAAGGCGAUGGCGGACAAGUUCAAGCAGUUCAGCGAGUAUCAGCUGGCCAAAUACAACACACGCAAACACCGCUGCAAACACAACAAAAAGAAACGCAAAGGAAAGCAACCAACUGAUGAGGAGCUGAAACGGUGGGCUAACUUGGUCAGGUCGGAUCCUCCUCUUCUCAAAAAGUUUUUUCGGUUUGAGGGCGACGGCGUGCCGGUGGAUAAGAAGCAGAGUGACUUCAACAUGAAGAAAAUGAUCCAGAAGCUUCACAUCAAAGAUCCAGCUGAGCACGUUAUGGCCAUUCUGGGAAAAAAGUAUCCUAGUGACCUGAAGACCUUUACCCACAGCGGGCUAACGGGAGCCUGGAACAGGGAGAGAGCCGGACAACGAAUGAGGCUCAAAGAGCCGAACACCUGGGAACAGCUGCUCAGCAGGGAGGGCAACAAGUCUGCCACCUGGGAGAAGCUGAUAGACUCAAAGUCUCUUCCUUUCAUGGCCAUGCUGAGGAACCUGAGGAACCUGAUCAUCAAAGGCAUCAGCGAGGCCCAUCACAAGAAGAUCCUCAGCCGGCUGACCAAUCAGAAAGCAGUUGUUCAGAGCCGACAGUUUCCUUUCCGAUUCCUCUCUGCUUACAAAGUCAUCAUGGAGCUGCGUGCUGAAGCCUCUGUGCAGCAGGUGAAACCCACAGUGAAAGACAUCCUGGUGAGCAUCCUGAAGAAGAUCCCCAAAGGCAGACGAUUCAGGAACCAGGCGUGGGAAAACAGUCCCAAGAAGCGGCUGAAGUUGACUCUUGGGAUGCCCUACAUUUCUCAACGAUACCAUAAGAAGAGGGCCGAACUCUUAAAGGCCACUCAAAAGCCUUACGGCGUUGAACUGCUGGACCGCUAUCGGAAAGCUCUGGAGAUCGCAGUUCAGAUCUCCUGCCGAUACAACGUGCCCCCGCUCCCCGGAAAAACGGUCAUCCUGCUCCCUUCUGACAUUUGCUCCGAUGAAUCCUGGAGUCGGAAACAGGACUUCUGCCUCCCCUUUGAGCCGGAGCAAAAAGACAGUGAGGAGAAUGAGGAGGAAGAGGAGGAGGAGGAGGGGACAACCUGCAAGAAAAGGAGUGAGGAGGAGGAGAAUGACAAACUCACCCCUUCUGUGUCGGAGGUGGCAGCUUUGCUGUCUCUGAUGAUCAGAAGCAGCGCGGAGGAUUGCCAGCUCUGCAUUUACGCGGACGCUCACUGCGAGGAAGCCAAGCUGGAGUCUGAUGUGCUUUUAGAAAAUGUCCGAACUGUGAUCCAACAAAUGAAGAAAUGCUCCGAUCUCAGCAGCGAGGAUUAUGACCUGACCUUCUAUCGCAGGCUGUUCAACAAGAACAACAAGCUGAACAACAUCAUCCACAUCGCUAGACCCUGGAUCACAUCGGAUCUCCAGUGGGAGCUGAGCACCUACAAAAAGGAAGUAAACAAUGAAGCUCUGGAAGUGCAAAUCUGCUUAACAGACAAUAAGUGUUACCACUCAGACGAGGCAGCGUCCAGGAACCUGGUGAAAAUCAAAGGAUUCAGUGAUCAAAUCCUGAGGUUUGUGGCAGAACGAGGAUCUUCCAGGUUGCUGGAACAUGUAGAGAACUUGGACAAAAAGUAUGAAAUCCCACCACCAGAGGGAGCCAAAGGCCCAGAAUCUACCAACAGCUUCCUGUCAUUACCAGCCAGUCCAAAGUUAAGAUGGCAAGGCGUUCGAGUGUUCAUCUCCUCCACCUUCAGAGACAUGCACGCAGAGCGCGACGUUUUAGUAAGGAGCGUCUUCCCUGAGCUCCGUCGCCGUGCCGUGCCGCACUGCCUCCACCUGCAGGAGGUGGAGCUACGCUGGGGCGUGACGGAGGAGGAGUCGGAGAGAGCUGCAGAGCUGUGCCUGUCAGAGGUGUGUCGCAGCCAGAUGUUGGUGGGGAUCCUGGGGGAGAGGUAUGGCCAGGUGCCCCCCAGGCCCGACCUCCCCAAGCUGCCGCAGUACAACUGGCUGUCAUCUGCUCCAGCCGGUAUGUCCAUCACAGAGAUGGAAAUCUGCCAGUUCCAGGCUCUCUACCCUGACACCGCAAACCAGAGAAUGCUCUGCUACUUCAGGGAUCCAAACAUCGUCAAAUCAAUUCCUGUGGCAUGGAGAUCAAACUUUGUAGCUGAAUCAAAAGAAGCUGAAGAGAAAAUAAAGUCACUAAAGACGAGACUUUCAUCCAGCGGCGUCAAGGUCACAGAAAACUACUCCUGUGAGUGGGGGGGUGUUGUGGAGGGGAAGCCAUAUUUGAAAAACCUGGAGGACUUUGGUAGAACGGUGCUGGAGGAUCUUUGGGCCGCCGUCCAAAAGACGUUUCUGGAAAAGGGAGAGGCGGUGGAGUCCUCAACAGACGUGGUGGAGCAGGAGGUCCACCAGGAGGCGCUGCGCAGCCAGUUCUUCGGGAGAGCCAAGCUGCUAUCGGCCGCUGAGGAGAUGGUGAAGCAGGUCUGCCCCAAAGGAGGGAUGGUUGUGAUAGAGGCCGGACCUGGAGAGGGCAAAACAGUUUUCAUGGCGGCUCUGGCAUUCGCCCUCAAAGCAGAGCUGCGGUCCAGACAGCAUCCAGAGUGUGAUGUCAUAUCUUACUCUGCCUCUGCCAGCCAAUCAGCCUGCUCUGUCGAAAACCUCCUCCGAUGUUUAGUUCAGUGGCUGAGAAAAGUGAGAGGCGCCAACGCAGACUCGCCUCUUCCCCAUUCCUACAAAGAUCUACUGUCAGAAUUUCACUCCACCCUGAGCUCUGCUGAAAAAAGCAGACGUGUGGUGCUGCUGGUGGACGGAGCGGAUCUCGUCCAGGAUGGCAAAGGACGGCUCAGCUCUGACUGGAUCCCGCAGCAGCUUCCUCAGGGUGUGUGUCUGGUGAUCAGCAUGGCUUCCAAAGCAGCUCUCCUGCAAACGCUGACAAAGAAAAAAGGGGCGGUCCUAUUCUCCCUGGGACCGCUCAGCAUGCCAGACAGGAAGGAGAUCGUUCAGAAGGAACUCGGUGCUUUUGGGAAGAAACUCAGUGACUCUGCGUUCAACAACCAGCUCCAAACUUUGAUAACAAAGAAAGGAGCAGUGAGUCCUCUCUUCCUGCGCUUGGCCUGUGACGACUUGAGGAACUUUGCCUCCUUUGACAAGCUGAAGGAGAGCCUGGAUGCUUUGCCGCCGUCCCUGAAGCAGCUGGUGCAGCACAGCUUGGAAAGACUGUGCUCGCUGCACAGAGGCAUGCUGGGACUGCGCUGGGCCCUGGCGGCUCUCACCGUGAGCAGCACUGGUCUGAGGGAGAGAGACUUGUACGUCAUCCUGAACAUUUGCAAUGAGCUGUCUCUACGCGGCGAGGAGGUCACAUGGCAGGACGUGCUUCAGCUGUUCAGGAAGCCAACAGGUCGUACUCCUAUGGCAACGUUCACCCGAUUGGUGCACAGCUUACAUAGUCUGCUUGCUCCAUCUCAAUGCCACGACACUGACGACCUGCUAGCUGUAAGUAAUCUGGAGGUGAGACAAGCUUUUGAGGAUGUUCUCCUCCCAGCAGAAAGCGACAGAGCCAGGGCUCACCUCAUAUUGGCAGCUCAUCUGUGGGCCGUGGCGGAUCCUCAAAGACGAGAUACGUUCUUUCACUGCGAGGCCGACUCCAUCAUGCACCUGCCUUCAAGCCUGAUCCAAAGUGGGCAGCUUGAAGUGGUUCAUUCUCUGCUCUCCAGCUUUUACUUCCUGUACGCUAACGUAAGCCACGGCCUCGUGCACCACAUGAUGGAGACAUACAGCUUAUAUGACCAGAAGCGAGCAUCUGCACGGUUCCACCUCCCAGCUGCUCUUGAGGAGCGUCUGGAGGAUUGCCGGGGUUUCCUGCGGCGCCAUGCCUCCACGCUCUCCACCUGGCCCGCUGUUUUUAUCCAGCAGGCUCUCAACGAGCCUUCGCACACCUCUGUCCACUCCUGGGCUCAGCAGCUGGUGGAGAAGGAAGGAGUUCGGGUGGUCCAGUGUCUGAAUAGCAGCAACAGUCCUGCUGCAGAAAGCAGUGAGCUGGUGUCGACCUUCUCCUCUCGUCCCUCCUGUGUGGUUCUGAGCCCGGACGGGCAGAUGGUGGUGGUUGGUACCGGACAGGGAACGCUGCACAUCAUCAACACGCAGACUGGACAGGAGGUAAAGUCGCUGGUGAGCAGCUGCGAUGGCAUCUCGAGCUGCGUUUUUCUGAAGGAUGGGCAGCUCGCCACUACCUCCUUUGAUGGACGAAUGGAAUUGUGGGACGUAGAGAACGGAUGCAGGACCGCUCUCAUCACUUGCCACACUAAUACGAUAACAGGAAGUGACAUCACUCCAGACAGGAAGCAUCUUGCAACUGUGUCCCUCGACUUCACGCUGAAAAUGUGGUCAUCUAAAUGUCAGGAGGUGGCCUCUUUGAGCAGCAGCAGCCCUCUGAACUGUGUGACCUUCGAUCCGGAGGGUCGCCUGCUGGCCGCCGGCUGUUGGAAUGGAAACGUCAUCAUGUGGAACUGGCUCCAGAAUAAAGUGCAAAAGCUUCUGUGCGGUCACCAGCGAUCAGUGCACAGUCUGUCCUUCUUUCCCUCGUCCUCCAUGCUCUGUUCCGGCUCCGUGUCUGGGGAGGUGAGGGUGUGGUCCGUGCCCACCUCCACCUGUGUGGGAUGCUUCCAGGCUCACUGUGGAGCUGUGGAGGCCUUCACCUUUUUGGAGGGAGGAGCCAUGCUUCUCAGCGCUGGUGCAGAUCACACUCUCCAGCUUUGGUCCGGAGGACUGGGACGCUCAGUUGCUGCUUUAAAAAGUGAUGAAUGUGAGCAGGAACCUCCUCAGAAGAAACCAAAGUCUGUAAAGGCUGAACCCGUCCCUCUGUGUGUGUCUGUGAAUGGAGGCCAGGCUGCGGUGGGUUACCAUGGCGAUGGCAUCAGACUCUUCAGUCUUGAUUCAGGCGAGGAGAUCUGGGCCUCCAAGGACCUCCGUGUGUCCGUGCACUGCAUGCAAUGGGUGGUUGUGGACACCGAGUCCACAGAAGGGGAACUGCUGGUGUCUGGAGGAGGAGAAAAGUGUCUGAGAGUUUGGAAGAAACAAAAGGAAACCAUGACGGAAGCACUGACCAGUCUGAAAACGUUUGGGAUUCAAACAGGAACAGUCCUGGCGAUGGCACAAAACUCUGUUUACCUGGCCACAGCUUCAGAUGACUUCACCAUUGUGCUGUGGUGUUUAAGUGACCUGGCACUUGAACGCACCACGUAUGCUCAUGCGGUGCUGAGAGGUCACAAAGGUGGAGUCACUUGUCUGACUUUUAGUCCUGAUGAGUCACAGCUGCUGUCUGGUGGAAAAGAUCAGUCUCUGAUAGUUUGGCAGGUGAACUCCUCUCCUCCGGUCGUCUCCAAGUCGCUCCUUCGUUCCCAUAGAGACUGGAUCACAGGCUGUGUUUGGACAUCAGACUGCAUGAUGAGCUCUUCCAACGACGGUAGACUAUGUGUAUGGGAUGCAGAGGCAGGUGUCUGCAUCAGAGAGAUCUCCUGGAGGAAUCCACUCACCUCCAUCUGCUCCCAGGGACGGAACGUGAUCGCCGGCUGCUCAGAGGGAGCCCUCCAUGUGUGGAACUGGGAGACGAGCACAGAAGUCUGCCACAUAUCUGCUCACAGGCAGCGCAUUCACCACUGCAGUCUGCUCACAAGCGCUGGCAAGAAGGAAGAAGUGGAUUCUGAGGAGCUGACCGUUUUCACAGCGUCUGAUGAUGGCAGCGUACGGAUUUGGAAGCCUUUAGAGAUGGAUCACUUCUGCAGCUUCGAUGGUCACAGCGGGGCAGUUUGUGGAGUGGUCCAUAAGGAAGGACUCCCAGAAUUCCUGACGGUAUCUGAGGACUGCUCCGUCCGACGCUGGACCUGGACUGCAGAGAGAACGUCCAACCUCAACAGCAAAAUCUCAACGUUGCGUUUCUCCGAAACCGAAGAUUUGCUGCUCGCUGGUUAUGAAUCUGGUUUGCUGGAGUUAUGGCAGCACAACACAACAAUAGUCCGCAAGCAGGUAUCAAACAGCGCCAUCGUUGCAGCCUGCUGCAUGCCGAACAGCGAGUUUGCCGUCAGCUACCAGAAAGAUUUAGUCGUGGAUGUUUGGAAACUGGUUUCAAACCAGCAGUCCAGAAUGAGUCUGAUCAAAAUAUCUUCUUACAAAGUGACGGAACCGGUAGCGCACCUCCUCUACUCCACCCAGCUGAUCAGUGUGACCAGUUCAGGAAGUAUCCAGUAUUUACUGGCUGAGAAUGAGGAGGAGAUUUGGAGCACCUGUAACAAUGCUUGGCACCAAAAAGUCCGUAUUCUGGAUUUUUUUCACAAUGAUCCAAAAAGCCUGUGGGUGAUUGGAGAGUCAGACGAUGAGGUUCACAUCGGAUUCAUUUUUGACAUGGGCCUGAAGAAUGACAUCUAUUCCUCCUUCAGCAAUGUGACCAUCAGUUUUAAGGAGGACGAGAAGGCCGGCAGCCCCAUCACUGCCGUCUCAAUGGACAAAGACUUUGUGGUGUGUGGCGACAUGGACGGCAACAUGUGGUUCAACCAGCAGCCAAACAUUUCUUCAUGGAGCACAAGAAAACCAGCUCACACUGACAGGGUCAGCGGGUUAAAGGUCACCCCCAGCACCAUCAUCUCCGCCUCCUACGACCGAACAGUCAAGGUUUGGGACAGGAGCACCAAGAAACAGCUGGGCAUGUUUGUGUGUGGAGGUCCAGUCCUGCUUCUGCAGGUGAAUCCCAGAAACCCCGGCGAGCUGGUCUGCGUUGACGGUCAGGGGAAGCUGUUCCUGCUCUCCUGGAAACGAUGAGGAUUCUUCUCUGAGUGCUUUCAUGACCUGAAACUGGUUCACAUAAUCUGUGCUGAUACCAAAGAUUGUCAGAAAUGGUUUGUUUUCUGUGGGGUUUAAAUUAGAACAUGAAAUGAUUGAGGAUCUAUUAAGUAAAUUGGAACUAAGUUGUUUUUUUUUCCUAUCAAAGGUAAAUAUUUGUUUAACGUUUUGGUGUUUGUUCAGAAAAAGUUUUUUUUUGAAAAUUGAGUUAUUUAAUUUUUGCACAUUAUCAGAAUAAUGUAUAGUUCUUUUAGAAAAAUAAGUGGGUGCAGACUUUUUUUCCUCUUUUUUUUAAUUAAAGAAAAGCCUCUAAACAAGUUUGCAUCAGGAUUUCAGCACUACACAGUUCCACAUAAAAGUGCAAUAAAGAUGACUGAGAGACACUUUUACUUG